AUGGCCAUGACCACUUGUCCAAGAAGAACCAAGAUCGAGAAGAUCCAACAUCUUAGUAGCAGGCAAGUCACCUUCUCCAAACGCCGAAAGGGGUUGGUUAACAAGGCAUAUGAUUUUUCAGUUCGAUGUGACGCAAAGGUUGCAGUCAUAGUUUUCUCCAACACCAAAAAGCUGUACGAGUACUUCUCAAGCCCCAGCAUGGAGAGAUACAUGAAGGAACGUGCCUGCGGCUCCGUAAUGGAGUCUGCAGAAAAGAAGAGCCAACAUGGGGAGCCGAGUUCAUCAUCUGAUAGUUUGAGUGCAAUAGCAGCGGUAAUGCAGGAAGAAAUUAAAGCCCUAAACUUGGAUCGCUCGAGGUUGAAGGGUAUGGAGUUGGAUGGCAUGAGUUUGAGAGAGCUGCAUGAGCUAGAAAAACAAAUAAGGGAAGGGAUAGAAUCAGUUGAGAAAAAGAAGAUUGACGAGCGCGCUGUAUACAUGCUUGAAGAUUCAGAUUCAGAUCGUGUGGAUGGGAAUUAUAGCAAUUUUUUCUCUGGAACAAGCUCAAGUGCCGUCUCAGAUUGCAUUGAAUCAGAGCUAAGUGAACAGUUUAUAGAUACUUGUUUGCACUUGUGA